AUGGGCUGCAGAGCCCAUGAACAGGUGCCCAACGAUGUAGAUGCUGUGAGACAACAUAUACAGGAACUCCUAGAUUCUGGAGUCAUACGGGAAUCUGAGUCUCCAUUUGCUUCUCCAAUUGUUGUGGUUCGCAAAAAGAAUGGUUCUGUUCGUCUGUGUGUAGAUUACAGAAAGCUGAAUAUGCAGACCAUCAAAGAUGCCUACGCUCUCAAUAUCAGAGCCAACAAACUCUUUAGGAAAAGUGAUGAAAAUCGUAUUAAUAAUACAGUAAACAAACUUUAUUAUUAUUGUUUGUGUUUCAGAGAAGAUGAUGUCAAGCUUACAGCUCAGUAUCAGUAUGAAGACAAUCAGGUUGGAGAUGAAGAUGCCUUCGCAAGAGAGCCCUUCAUCCUGCGCUUCUGCUGUCCCUCCACAGUUGUAAAAGACCUGGUCCUGAUUCCGGUCCACACCAAGCCAGAAGACUCAGUAAAGGAACUUGAUGAGCUUUACGUUGUGGUCAAUGCUGUCAGACAGAAGUGGAAAACAAAUAAUAUCAUGAUAUUGGGGGACUUCAACGCAGAUGGUCGAUAUCUUUCCAAGAAGAAAAAGGAAUCAAUCCGCAUCUCUUCUGAUCCCUUCUACUGGUUGAUAGAUGACGAUGUUGACACCACGACUAGUAAUUAUAAUGACAACACCUACGACGGGAUUGUGGUGUAUGGGGAAGAAAUGCUGGGUGCCAUUGUUCCUGACUCUGCAAAGUCUUUCAACUUUCAAGUGGAGUUUGGGCUAACAGACGAAAACGCUGGAAACAUCAGUGAUCAUUAUCCUGUGGAGGUGGAGCUGGAGACUGUCCAAAAAGCAGUAAAACCAAAGAAGAAGGCUUUACCGCGAACAAGAAAAAGAUCCCCUAAAGGAAAAAGCCCAAAGAAAGGAUCAGAAAAUAUGACCAAGCCAUCAAAAUCCAAGACUUCUGGAGCAAAAAAGAGAAAAGGACAAUCACUUGCAUCCAAGACGCCAACAAAAAGGCGACGUUGAGCCACUUUAAUCAAUCAUUACCAAACUCAUGGUUUAUUAGAUCUUCCUGUAGCCUGUAUUUUUGUGGAAAACUCAAUGUCGAAUAAAGAAAACAAAUAUGUCGACCA